UUUCACUAAUUUAAAUCAUAUAUUUUUGAAGGAGUAAUAGCUUCAGUUAUCGUGGUUGCUUAGUAAAUCAUGUUUAACUUAAAAUUGUGUUUUUUACAAGUGUUGAUAUUAUUUCGUUGUGAUGUUAUUUGCGAAAAAGUAUCGAAUUUCGAACUGCAUCAAGAUUAUUUUCUAGCUGGCACACUUGUCUUUACUUGCAAAGCAUUUGUUAAUCCAGGGGAUGUGCUGUCUUGGUACCAGAUUAAAGGCCCUGAUCAUAUAUUAUUGCGAAAGGUCCAACAUACGAGUUCACGAUCUAUGCUGGGCCUCACCAUGAGUUUGACCCUAAAGCAGCAAGACUAUGGGACACAUAUAUACUGUAGAAAGGAUACCUAUUUGGCGGGAAAUACAAUCAGAGAAGAAAGCGAGAAAAUUAUGAUCGCCUUUACAAAACUUAACCAUUUUAUUGAAACACCCAGAGUUACCGUCACUCCGAACAUUAAUCCUUACAUCUUCAAAGUGGACGGAAACAUAACAACUUUCAUUUGUAACGGGACCAAGCCAGUCGAUGGGAGGAAACUCAAUUGGUACAUCCAAGAGCCGAACUCGAAGCCAAAAUAUUUAGAAACUCAACUAUGGGAUAACUCAUCGUUCAUAAAUAUUCUACCAUUAAAAUUAGACGAGACAUACCACAGGAAAAAACUGUUUUGCGCUCAAGACUUUGAGUUCAAAUAUACGUAUCCGAAUGGUUCGUUCUACAUAGAAGGAUACAAUGAGCUAGUGAGGUCUAACAUGAUCGAACUAUUAGAUCGAGGAAUUCCUGAUAGAGGUACAGUGGAUGAGGGUAGUGAAAUGGUGAAUGAAGAGUCAAAAGACGAUGGGAAUGUAGAAAAUAAUGUGGCAGGUCUCAAGGUCAACCAAAGUUCUAUGUCUCCUUUAGUCUACGCGAUACCAGCUGUAGUUGCUGCGAUGUUGCUAGCUGCCACAGUGUGGCUCGUUUGUCGACGGCGACAUCGCGCGACAACAUCGCCGAAAAACGACCACGAAUGCAUUUACGCUACGACUACAUUGAACUACGUUACUUUGGACCUCAAGAGGCCGACGUGCGAAUACACCUCGUCUCAGGCGCAGGAGAAAUCACCCUACGCUCAGAUCGUUGGCGUUUACAGACCUAACUUGAAUCAGCAAUGAUACAUACAUUUUUAUAUGUUUCUAGCUUAACUAAAUUCGCAAAUUGUGAAAUGCUGCAUACUAAUUUACAGCCCCCAUUUUAGGGAAGCGGAGGUUAGAAAGAGCCUAUGU